AUGAGCGUGGAAGCAGUAAAACUUUCUCCAACCUCAGUUUCUAUCGGUUGUCACAGACGCCGUAUUGCUUUUGAAGGUGAUACUGCAUAUUAUACAGAUGGAAAUAACCUCAUUAAAAACGGAAGUGAAAUAAUUUACACAUCAAAAUCUCCAAUUUAUGAUAUUUUGCGUCAUGAUGAUAAAUUUUUAACAAUUGACUCUAAGGGACUUGUUACACUUCAUUCAGGAGAAAAUUCAUUGACAAAUUCAAUCAAUGGAUAUUCUGGUAUCUUCUCUGCAAUUGAAAAAACCGCAAAUAACAUUAUAGCAGCUCAUGAUUUGUCUCAUACUGUAAGAAUUAUUGAUCCAUCUAAUCUUCAAACAAUAAAUACAAUUAAUGCACCAGGUAUUCCUAAUGGCUUGAGUGCAUUUGAUAAUAAUACAUUCGUUUUUACAGAUGAUCGCACAAUUAAUGUUGUUGAUUCGCGUUUAGAUCAGAUUGAAAGAUCUGCGGUUUUAUCUUCUCAGCCUGUUGCCAUUUACUGCCAUGAUUCAAUGAUCAUUGUCGCAUGUGAUGAUAGAAGAAUUAGAAUCUUUGACUCAAGACGUCUUAGAACAGCCACAACUACAACAAAACCUGCAUCAAAGAACGGAACCGCUGCUUUAUGGACUCUUGACAAUGAAUGCAUUGCAGCAAUUGGUUUUGAUGAAGGAAUGACCCUUGUAGAACCUUCAAAAGACGUUGGACAGUUCAAGAGAUGCAAAUUCUUGGCUGAGACUCCAUUUGUUUCAGCUCCAACUGUUACAGAAAAAGGUUUUGCUGUCCUAACAAGAGGAGGAAUGAUGUAUAACAUUACAGAUCCUGUUGCAUUUUUGAGAUCUCAGAAAGAAGGUGCAGAAGAUGAUGCUGAUGGCGAAUAA